UGUAUACGCAGAUCUGCACGGACCCAGAGGUCCGGACGCCGCACCUGGCAGGCGGCAGGUGUUUGGCCUUGGGCCCUGCAGGUCCGGCCCUCCGGGCGGGGAUUGAGAAGAACAGGGAGCAGUGUAACGAGGGGCCAGUCCAGCAGCAGGACACAGGUCUGGAGGGCGCCCGAGCGGGCGGCCCAACCUGCUCACCUCCCCGCGCCCCGGGGCCCCUUCUCCACCGGCGCACCCACGGGGUGGCCCGCGAGGCGCAGACUGCGGCCCGGGGAGCGUCCUGGUCCUCCCCAAUCCUCCUGCCCUCGCGCCCCACCCCGCCGCCCCCUUUCUCCUGCCUCCUCCCUCCUUUCUCCUCUCCUGUCCUCCACCCGUUCUCCCCUCCUCCCGUCUCCCCCUGCCUGCGCUCCCCCUCCCCCCUCUCCCACGGUGCGGGCGGGUGCUCCGCCGCCGCCGCCACUCCGCCCCCCGCGCGGCGCGGAGCCGCAGUAAUAACUUCAGCGCGGGCGGUGGAGUCAGUGAGGGCAAUCCUCCUGCGCGCCGGUCGAGUCGGGUCAUCCGUGCCCACUUGCACCCUGCCGGGUUGGGGACCAUCCCACGACCCCGGGGCCCUCCGAGCGCCGCUGGAUGAAGCCCUGCGUUCUGCCUGCAGAGGCGCAGCGCCGGCAGGGCGCGCGAGGCGGCCGGGCCAUGCGGGGCCCCGGCUGUGCAGCGUUCUGGGUGCUGCUGCUGGCACAGGUGGGUGUGCAGCAGGCACCUGCGUGCGCCGUGGGACCCGCAGCGGCCUCGCCGGGGAGCCCCAGCGUCCGGCGUCCUCCCGGUGCCGCGGAGCGGCCGGGCUGGGUGGAAAAGGGCGAGUAUGACCUGGUGUCUCCCUAUGAAGUCGACCACAAUGGGGACUACGUGUCCCACGAAAUCAUGCACUCCCAGAGGAGGAGGAGAGCGCUGGCCCCGCUCGGAGUUGACUCUCUUCACCUUCGGCUGAAAGGCUUCAGGCACGACUUCCACAUGGAUUUGAAAACUUCCCGCAAUCUGGUGGCUCCUGGAUUUAUCGUACAGACGCUGGGAAAGGGAGGCACUAAGUCAGUGCAGGCUUUCCCCCCCGAGGAUUUCUGUUUUUAUCAAGGCUCCCUACGAUCCCACAAAAAUUCCUCAGUGGCUCUUUCGACUUGCAAAGGUUUGUCAGGCAUGAUAAGAACCCAAGAAGCGGAUUACUUCUUAAAGCCGCUUCCAUCGCACGGAGCAGGGAGCCCGGCGGGCCCAACCGGGCGAAGGCCUCCGUCCCACAUCCUGUACAAGAGAUCCGCGGGGCCGCGGGUGAGGGCGCCGCCGCAAGUGCUGGUGGUCGAGAGGCAGCGGGAGCUGGAAAAGCGCCACAUCUUCUCCCACCAAAACCACCCCCCGCACGGCAGCUUUAACCUCAGGCUCCCACAAAAGCAACAUUUCUGUGGAAGACGCAAGAAAUACAUGCCGAAGCCUCCCAAGGAAGACCUUUUCAUCUUGCCUGACGAGUAUAAGUCUUGCUUACGGCACAAGCGCUCUCUUCUAAAGCCCCAUAGGAAUGAAGAACUCAACGUGGAGACGCUGGUGGUGGUCGACCAAAAGAUGAUGCAAAACCACGGCCAUGAAAACAUCACCACCUACGUUCUGACGAUACUCAACAUGGUGUCUGCUCUAUUCAAAGACGGAACAAUAGGAGGAAAUAUCAACAUUGCAAUUGUGGGUCUGAUUCUUCUGGAAGAAGAACAGCCAGGGCUUGUGAUAAGCCAUCAUGCGGACCACACCUUAAGUAGCUUCUGCCAGUGGCAGUCUGGAUUGAUGGGGAAAGAUGGAACUCGCCAUGACCACGCCAUCUUACUGACCGGUCUGGACAUAUGUUCCUGGAAGAAUGAGCCCUGUGAUACUUUGGGAUUUGCGCCCAUAAGUGGGAUGUGUAGUAAAUAUCGCAGCUGUACAAUUAAUGAAGAUACGGGUCUUGGACUGGCUUUCACCAUCGCCCACGAGUCUGGACACAACUUUGGCAUGGUCCAUGAUGGAGAAGGGAACGUGUGCAAAAAGUCUGAGGGCAACAUAAUGUCCCCUACAUUGGCAGGACGCAACGGGGUCUUCUCCUGGUCACCCUGCAGCCGCCAGUACCUGCACAAAUUUUUAAGCACUGCCCAAGCUAUCUGCCUCGCUGAUCAGCCAAAGCCUGUGAAAGAAUACAAGUAUCCUGAGAAGUUGCCUGGAGAGUUAUAUGAUGCAAACACACAGUGCAAGUGGCAAUUUGGAGAGAAAGCCAAGCUCUGCAUGCUGGAUUUUAAAAAGGAUAUCUGUAAAGCCCUGUGGUGCCACCGGAUUGGUAGGAAAUGUGAGACUAAGUUUAUGCCAGCAGCAGAAGGCACUAUUUGUGGGCAUGACAUGUGGUGCCGCGGAGGGCAGUGUGUGAAAUAUGGUGAUGAAGGCCCCAGGCCCACACAUGGCCAUUGGUCUGACUGGUCCCCUUGGUCUCCUUGCUCCAGAACCUGUGGAGGAGGGGUGUCUCACAGAGAGCGCCUGUGCACGAAUCCCAAACCGUCACACGGAGGGAAGUUUUGUGAGGGUUCAACUCGCACUAUGAAGCUUUGCAACAGUCAGAAAUGUCCGCACAAUAGUGUUGACUUCCGCACCAUGCAGUGUGCCGAAUUCAAUAGCAAACGGUUCAGAGGAUGGCACUACAAGUGGAAACCUUACACUCAAGUGGAAGAUCAGGACUUAUGCAAACUCUACUGUAUCGCAGAAGGAUUUGAUUUCUUCUUUUCUUUGUCAAAUAAAGUCAAAGAUGGGACUCCAUGCUCGGAGGAUAGCCGUAAUGUUUGUGUAGAUGGGAUAUGUGAGAGAGUUGGGUGUGACAACAUCCUUGGAUCCGAUGCUGUGGAAGACUCUUGUGGUGUGUGCAAGGGAAACAACUCGGACUGCACGACACACAAGGGCCUCUAUGCCAAGCACCACCGCACCAACCAAUAUUAUCAGAUGGUCACCAUUCCUUCUGGAGCCAGGAGUAUCCGCAUCUAUGAGAUGAACGUAUCUACCUCCUACAUUUCUGUGCGCAAUGCCCUCAAAAAAUACUACCUGAAUGGACACUGGACGGUGGACUGGCCCGGCAGAUACAAGUUUUCAGGCACAGCCUUCUACUACAGACGGUCCUACAAGGAGCCGGAGAGCUUAACCGCUGCGGGGCCAACCAACGAAACGCUGAUUGUGGAGCUUCUGUUUCAGGGAAGGAACCCGGGCGUUGCUUGGGAAUACUCAGUGCCUCGGUCUCGGGGUGAGAAGAAACUGAGGGCGCAGCCCAGCUACACGUGGGCCGUCGUCCGCUCCGAGUGCUCCGUCUCCUGUGGGGGGGGGCAGAUGACCACCAGAGCAGGCUGCUACAGAGACCUGAGGUUUCAAGUAAAUACGUCGUUCUGCAACCCCAACACCCGGCCGGGCACAGGGGUGGCGCCUUGCAAGGUGUCUGCCUGUCCUCCCAGUUGGUCCGUGGGGAACUGGAGCGCCUGCAGCCGGACGUGUGGCGGGGGCACCCAGAGCCGACCGGUGCACUGCACACGGCGGGCACACUACAAGUCGGAAAGGGUCUCGGCCAGCCUGUGUCCGCAGCCUGUGCCCUCCAGCCGACAGGCCUGCCACUCUCAGAGCUGCCCGCCCGCCUGGAGCACCGGGCCCUGGGCCGAGUGCUCGCGAACCUGCGGGAAGGGAUGGAGGAAGAGGUCCGUGGUCUGUAAGAGCACCAACCCCUCUGCCAGGGCGCAGCUGCUGCCUGACACCGGCUGCACCUCGGAGCCCAAGCCCAGGGCUCACGAAGCCUGUCUGCUUAAGCGCUGCCACAAGCACAAGAAGCUGCAGUGGCUUGUGUCGGCCUGGUCCCAGUGCUCUGCUACGUGUGAAAGAGGAACACAGAAGAGAUUCUUAAAAUGUGCUGAAAAGUACAUUUCUGGGAAGUACCGAGAGCUGGCCUCAAAGAAGUGCCUGCACUUGCCGCCGCCCACCCUGGAGCUGGAACGCGCCUGCGCCCUGUUUCCCUGCCCCCGGCAGCCCGGGCUCGCAGCCGCAGGCCCCUCGCGGCCCGGCUGGUUCGCCUCGGCCUGGUCCCAGUGCACGGCCAGCUGCGGGGGCGGCGUGCAGACGAGGUCCGUGCAGUGCCUGGCAGGGGGCCGGCCGGCCCUGGGCUGCUUCGUGCACCAGAAGCCCUCAGCCUCCCUGGCCUGCAACACUCACUUCUGCCCCAUUGCAGAGAAGAAAGACACCCUCUGCAGAGACCACUUCCCCUGGUGCGCCCUGGUGCCACAGCACGGCAUGUGCAGCCACCCCUUCUACGGCGCGCGCUGCUGCCGGACGUGCUCCUCCUCCAACCUGUGAGCCGGUCCGGGCCGCGUCCAGGGCAGAGGAAAUACUGUUUUCAGCACGACUGAGCUGUGCAGGCUCCAUUGGAAGGCGUCCACGGAAGAUCGGAGCCGGAGGAAGAAAAACUUUGUCAGGCUCUUUGACACGACUCUGUGUGUGUGUGUGUGAGUGAGUGUGUGUGCGUGCGAAGCGUGAGUCGGAACACAUCCCCGUGUGCACACACACACGCCCUCAUGUCAGGGUGAAGCAUGGAGGCUGGAGCAGGGCCCGCUCUGCAGACCAGGAGCCGUGCUCGGAGCAUUUGUAUUUCGGCCACAUGGAGUCAGAAAGACUGGCGGAGCAGACCUUGUUCAACGCUAAAUGUGUGGUGCUUUGUAAAGCUGAGGAAAGGCUGUGAAAUAAGGAACAAGUACCAAAUAUGGCCACUCAGCAUCCCACCUUGGAGGCCCCGUCCCCAGGUCAGGAAUAACGGCCUCCAUCUGACCCGGAGGAGCAGGUGGCCAAGACAGCCCCAGGGCUGGGUCCCCAGGGCCGCCGCCUCCUGCCCCCGUGGCCCGAGUUUCUCUUCCCAGGGAGCUGGUACCACGCCAGGAGCCGGGCCUCGUCUCCGCGGGGCGCCUGACCUGCCGGGAGGAGCUGGACUCUGUCCUGAUUCGAGACUUUGCCCCUGGGAACGGGAACUGUGACAUCCCUGCCAAUGUGCUCUGUCCCUUUCAGAUGCACGUGCUGGAGGAGAGCAUUCUCGGAGUGUAUGUUUUAUCCCUCUCAGUUAUGCACAGUGACUGUUCCGCUUUAAACCCGUCCUUAACGCUGUUCUUUUUUAAACAACAGAAUUUCAGGUUAUACCAGAAUUAGAGAUCACUGGUUACACCAACCCUGCCUUCCUGAUGAAGGGUAGCAGCUGGUCCCGCUGAGACAGACGUCAGCAGACAUGAUCACCUUAGGGCCCUUGUGUGUGUUGUGGGUUUUUUAAAAUUUUUUUCCGUAAGUUUUGGUUGUUUUUGUAAGAGCCAUUCAGUAAGAAGGCCAACAACGUCCCAGUGAAACGCCGCCCAUUGGGCUCCAACAUCCUCCUAGUUGGUGCUGCUUUCAACUCUCCUUUCCUGCGAUGUAGCUCCAGUCAGAAUGGGCACCUGGAUAUUUAUAUUUGCUG